UAAUCAUAAACCCAUCAUUAAUCAGCAAGAGCAUUUUCAGUUGCAGAUUGAGAAUUCAAGAAGCUUUAAUUUCAUGGCAAGAGCAAGGAACCUCAAGAACUCCCCCAUCACUGCUAACCCAUCAUCUCCUCUGUUGCAAGUCCUCUCACUGUCUCCACUCACUUCACUAAUCUUCUCCCCGAACAAGAAGAACGCAAGAACACACAGGCUAUGUUCAUCCUCACCUCCCUCUCUCUUCCACCUCUCUCUCCUCCUCUUCUUCUCUUUCUUGGGAUUCUCUAUGAUCAGCUUCAUACCCAUAUCUCAGAACUCAGCCCCAUGUCCUUUCAUCUCUCCCUCAUCCCCUUAUCUGAGCUCUCCCCUUCGUUUGGCUUCACUAUCUGCUAGAGUUUCAGGCAGUGAUGAUGAGCCCAGUCUGUCAAACAGUGUGAUGGUGCCGCUACCGAUUCAAGGAGUUUCUGGGAACCUUUCCGAGGAGGAGAGGGAGUUCUGGCAGCAGCCGGAUGGAGAAGGGUAUCGACCGUGCUUGGAUUUCAGCAUCGAGUACCGGAGAGCAUCUGCAAAGAUUUCGAGGGAGAAGAGGAGGUUCUUGGUGGUUGUGGUUUCAGGAGGACUGAAUCAGCAGAGGAAUCAGAUAGUUGAUGCAGUAGUCAUUGCAAGAAUUCUUAGAGCAGCCCUGGUUGUGCCUAUUCUGCAGGUCAAUCUAAUCUGGGGAGAUGAAAGUGAAUUUUCAGACAUUUUUGAUGUUGAACAUUUCAAGAGGACUUUACGAGCCGACGUUCGCAUAGUGUCAUCCCUUCCUUCCACACAUUUGGUUUCAAGACAGUCCAUCGAAUCCCGAAUGCCAUUCAAUGUCUCUCCGCUUUGGAUACGUGCUCGAUUCUUCAAACAACUGAAUGAAGAAGGUCUAAUUGUGUUAAAGGGGUUAGAUUCUAAGCUCUCCAAAAAUCUCCCUACUGAUCUUCAGAAACUCCGCUGCAAGGUGGCCUUCCACGCACUAAGAUUUGCAGCCCCAAUUGGGGCGCUUGCAAAUCGUCUAACAAGAAGAAUGUGGAUCGAAGGCCCAUACAUCGCCCUCCAUCUCCGUCUAGAGAAGGAUGUGUGGAUAAGAACCGGGUGCCUCACUGGAUUAGGCCCCAAGUACGAUGGUAUUAUCACACGCGAGAGGAAAAAUCACCCUGAACUCCUCACCGGGAGGCUAAACAUGAGUUCCACCCAGCGACGUCACGCUGGACUCUGCCCUCUAAAUGCAUUUGAAGUAAUGAAGCUCCUUAAGGCUCUUGGGGCGUCGAACAGUUCACGAAUUUACAUCGCGGGAGGAGAUCCAUUUGGGGGAACAGAGGCAUUGAAGCCACUUGAAGCAGAAUUCCCAAACUUGGUGACAAAGGAGAUGUUGGCUCGUGACACCGAGCUCUCCCCAUACACCAACAGGUCUUCCAUCCUGGCUGCUAUAGACUACACCGUUGCCCUGAGCAGCGACGUGUUCUUGCCUUCCCAUGGCGGGAACAUGGGCCGUGCAAUGCAGGGUCACCGUGCCUACGUAGGACACAGGAAGUACAUAAAACCCAACAAGAGAGGAAUGCUUCCUUUCAUUGAAGACACCUCCAUUUCUGGUGCAGAGUUGGGGAGCAUCAUGAGGAAGAUGCACCAGAAGUCCCUGGGGCAGCCCGAGCCAGGGACAAGCAAGAGGGACCGAGACGUGAUCGCUUACCCGGUGCCCGAGUGCAUGUGUAACAAUUAA